GCUCGUCAGAGAGUGAUACGAAAGAGAUCAUUAUGCUUAAAAGCAAGCUUGUCGCAGGCGCUGUCAUCGCAUUUCAUGCAGUGUUUGCAGCUGCUUACGUCGAGCUAUGUAGCAAUCAUCUGCUGCUGCCCGAAGGCUGUCAGAGCUGUUGUAUCGCCUGCACCGAGGGAUUCAUCUGCUACAACCCAGUCACAAAUGCUCAAUGCUGCGCACCCGUCAAUGUCGGUCAUUAGCUCAGCAGUCACUCAGUAUUGGCAUGAGUGCAGCUUUGCGAGCUAAUGCAUCAUUGUCUCUUUGACGAUGCUUGAGAAACAUAAGAAGACUCGACAGAGCAGCAACGGUAUCU